AGCGCGCAGAGCCCCGGCACGUCGACGUCGGCUCCGUGGAAACGGCAGAUAUUUUGACAGUACGCCGCCCUGCAUCCUCCGCUCGGUGCCACCCUCGUCGUCACUCCUCUCUCGCGCCCCACUGAACUUUCCGAUUCUUCAUCUCGCGACAAAGACAAGGAACAUCCGGUGCAAAGGUCGAAAGAUAGGAGUUUGUGUCGAUGGCGUUGUACCAUAGCGCCACUUUCGGAAUCAGGUCAGUCGAUAGACGUCGAGGCGAGUUUCGCGAGAGUGUUGGUGCGCUCGUGUGCUCGUAGAAUGAAUGUUCUGGUGGCCUCCAGGGGCGGAGGAGGGCCCAGAGAUUUACGUGGAUCGACGAACGAAAGUCGUGUCACGAGACAUCGCGUCGUAGAGGUUUGGUCAUCGGCGAGGGAUGGAAAGAUGGCACGCGAGCUCGUCGGCUGCACGAGCGAUGCGAGGGUGCGGGAAUCGUCGCGUUGAUCAUUCCGCCGCCGCGUUCAUCGAUCGCCCGCGAUAAAAGCCGAAUACCGGUGUCACGGUGCUCGAGGCGUGUGAAACAGUGACAAAAGCAGCGAGGUGGCCCUCGAUGCGUCCUUCGUACGUCUUAAUUAUGUUUCGAAUGUGUCGUCGUGUUUAAGUAGCGUGAUGAAUGCUUCGUUAUGAAUACCACGUCCGGUGGUGGGAUUUUCGCGAUUCUCCAUCGUGAAGGAGUGACGUGUAAACGCUGUCGGUCGAACGUCUCGCAAAGGAUCGGUGAAACGAUAUUAUUAACGAAACAGGAGAAGGGGAAUGAUACUCGAGGGAAAAAAUGAUGCUCUUAACGCGAGUCUGUUAGAAGACUGUUUCGUGCAUCGUUGAUUCGUUGAUGGUCAGUGGUGGAACGAAAGAAAGAAAAAGACAAGGAGGAGGGAGAAGAAAGGAGCGAGAGUAUAAGAAAAGGAAAAAUCAGUAGACCUUGGCGGCGAAUCUCUCGGCGUUAAACCGUUCUCUCGAGCGGGUCUGGACGGAUCCCGCGUUGUUCGCGUGUAUUCCAAGUGGGCGGAUGCCGCUGUCCAUACCAAGGACACGUAUCCUCGGGCGCGAGACCGCAGAACAAUGAGGAUUUCAACGUGGAGGCUCGCGAGGAUGCCGUGUCGGGAAUGCAGAGUCCAUAGCGUCUCGUGUCGGUCGUGUCUUUCCUCGUCGUCGGCGUCGUCGUUCCCGUCAACAAGACGCGUCAACCAAACCUAGCUUGGUCUUCGUUCCACGACGACGAAGAAGGACGAGGCGACCACGAGGACGCUGUCUCGUGUGUACUCGUGUUGUGUGUGCGUGUAUGCUCCGUGUGUUGCAGCGGCGUGGGAAUAAAUCGACCACCUAAGCCAGGGUGACACGAGCGUAGAAGUACGAAGAGAGGAAGAAAGGAAGAAAGAAAGAGAGUGAGAGAGAGAGAGAGAGAGAGAGAAACAGAGAACGAAGACGAAAGGAGUCGCGGGAGGACGAAGCACGAUAAAAGAGAGGCUAACGAGGCGAACAGGAUGAGUCACUUCGACUGGAAGCUGCUGCGCCGGAAGAAGGUAAUACCGGCGGAGCGUCGUAUGCCAGAGCGAGAAGAGACCUGGACGUUGGCCCCGGACCAACACGACCCAUGUUCCUUCUUCGACGACAUCUCCGAUGUCAAAUCCAAACCAGUCCACGAUGUGGAUCCCACGCAAUCUCGGAUUGUCGGAGAUACGGGUGAAACCGGCGAGCACCCAGAAGGUGGGACCUUACCACGUAGCCAAGAAACCAGGAAGAGCAAAACGAAAAAAGUGAAAAGUUACCUGAGGAAGUGUAAGGGCGCUCUUUCCAAAGGCGACGAAGCUUCCUCGGACAAGAAGCGUCACGAACACUGUACCUCGUGGUACCUGGACGAGUCUCACCAAGAGGAUCUCGACGUUCUCUUACAGAAACAGUCAGAAUAUCUGGACGAUAGGAUCGUGGAAGCGCAAGAAGCUUCGAAUCUGAUACCAGACGAGACCUUGGAAGACACUCCAUUACCAAUUGAUACAUUACCAACAACUGAUCCUCUGAUAAAUCCCACGAAAGAGGACGAUCGCGAGGACCCUGACGACGAAGCUCUGACAAGACUAACCGAGGAUGAACCUAACGAAACGAGUGACUUGAGAAGAAGCCGGACAUCCGUGUACGAGGAUGCUAGAGAUUGCAUAAACGAUCGAGAGUGUACGGUAGAAGAAUCUUGCGUAUCCGAUAAGCCCCAGAGAAACGAUGCAGUGUCUCUGGAAACUCUGACCACGGAAGAUACGAAUUUGAACAAGUGCGACUCGAACGACACUCUGAUAGCGGAAGUGGCGGCUAGUGGACCGGACAGCCCGUCACUGGUCGACGUUGAGGAGGGAAAGGAGGAAGAAACGCGCGACCAGGAGGUGGACGGUGAAACACCGAACGCACUGUCUCUGCUCGGGGGUCGCGGAGAUGUCGCAUCGCUGGUCCGGAACUUGCUCGGACCGAUUUACGGCGAUGGCGUUAUCAAUCUGCUGAUAAGACAGGCCCGGGACAUCCUGGUGUGCGCUUAUCACGGCAACUUGGAGAACUUCCUCAGGACUUAUCUGUCACCAGCCGCGUCCCUUCUGGCGGAAGUGAAGUCUGUCGCCUCCGAAACGGGAAACGAGUCGGUGGUACCGGAAGGCUGGCCUCUGACGUUGGGCAGACGUGGCCUCGUCCUGCAGCUAGGAGAGCUCGAAGCCUCCGCACUACGUCUCGGGGAAUGUUACCUCUGCAUACGCAGCGCAGCUGCAGUUGCAACCACCUCGGGGAGCGGCGAAGUUGCCGCUGGUGAAACCGACGAGCGAAAUACCGUCGAGAUCGCAGUAGUUUGGCGAACGACGUCGAUGAGGGCUCCAGGGUUCCUCGGUUGGGACCGCGAGGAGAAGUUCAUGGACUGGCGGGAGGUGUCUCGAAAGGGGCAGGGGAGCACCGGUGCGGCGAGCAGCAGCCUGGCUGGGCCGCAAUCGUCGAGUACCGUGAAGAGCAUGCGGCCCAGGCGACGUUCGCGCGAGGAGGUUCGCUCGAGGACGCGCGAGCAGGGCUACGCGUUCGAGCAUCGCCGCGAGGAGACUCGAUCGAUAGAUCGGCUCGAGUGCAAAAGUUCGAACGAUAAUCGCGACGUCGACUCUGAGGUGGACAGCGGUCACGCGGUCAUGAAGUCCAGGUCGACGUCGAGCGUGGGCACAUGGAAGGCGGAGUUGGAGGCCGCUGAAUCGAACGGGACGUCGACGCGGGCCAGCUUGAACCACUCGUCUAGUCUUUCCAGCGACGAGAGUCGCGCUAAAGUGAAGAGAUGCGCCAAAGUCGUCUCGUCGAUGACAAUGGAGAAAUGGAAGGAGACCGCCAGGUGCGAGACCAGGAGCAAAGCGCUGGCUCCCGAUCACUUGAAGACCCCCCUGCGACUGGAUCAGGCUGUCCUCGAGCAGAAGCAAGAUGGAAAUAUCGCUGGAGACGUGGAAAACAGGCUGCAGAACCACCGAAACGUGGAUGACGUUGGUGACGACGAGUUGCCCACGUUUAUUGGAAAUCUUCUGGUCUCCGUAGAGAGGAAGAUCGAAAGGGUUUCGCUGGAUGAUUUAACGUUCCCUUGCCCAGCGUGCAGGAAUAUAGACACGGAUGACCCUCUACUGGGGUGUAGGUGCGCUGGAGAUGAUUGCAGCUGUGGAAACGGAGAUGAUACUUGCGAUUGUUCGUCAUUGAUAAAGAGGAAGGAACAGUCGACGAGGAGCUUCGAGAUCGCCGGGAUUAAACAUAUCGACAGCGACGACGAGGAAGAAGUUCGGAUGGGAUUCGGAACGAAAAAGAGAGUGGACGACGUGGUAGCGCCCAGGACCAUUCACGACAUACCCGAACAUGUUCUCACGUGCGGCCUCACGCUUCCUGGUUGCACGGAUGCCUACGGCAGACCCGUUCUCGAGUUCGAGGACGAGCCGACCAGAAGGGAGACCCUGUCUGUUAAGGAAGUGUCGUCGUUUCUACUCUACCUCGCCCGUUUGCCCAGCUCCGAUGUCGCGAAGAACGGAUUCACCCUUCUGGUUCGUGGAUACGUCCCGGAGUGCUUGGAAUUUCUCGACAAGGUUCUCACUCUUUUGCAGGGACGAGUAAAUGUUUCUCAAGCAUUGCUUCUGCAGAACUUUGUCGCUGAAGAGUCAACCGAUUCCCAGUUACCUCUGAGUCGCGUUAAGACGAUCGUCGUGGACGAGGGCGCUUUGAGAGAGCACAUUCCCAGGCGAGAGCAGAACCACGACCAGGCUCAGUGGAUCGCGUUUUAUAAGGAAUACGAUGGACUAAUGACGGAAUGGCAGGCGGCAGGACGCAGGCUGGCCCUCGAGAUGUCGGAGUUGAAGGAAUGCAGCAGUCUAUCUGGCACGUUGACGCCUCUCGGUCGGCUCCUGACGGACCCCACAUUGAGAAGAACGUCGAGAGAUGCCGAGGAGGCGAUCACCUCGCUGGAGGAACGCGCGGCACCGCUUUUGCACCUUGAGCACGUUAGAUUGUCGGUGAAACGCGCACGGAGAUUAGUGGAGGAAGUGGGAAACGCAGCCACCAGGCUGGAAUCGUCGUUCGAGACCCGACGCGCCACUAUUCGGAAUCUCGCGGUUCUCAGGAGCAUCGAGGAUCAGGCGCAUGAGGUACUAUCCUGGUUCUGCAAGAAAGGCGACGACGUACUAUCGAAACACGCGCAACAUUCUGCGACCAAUCUAUCAGCGGCGCGACUUCACGAGAGAGAAUUCGAGAAGUUCUACUUCACGUCGAUGAGACAUCUUGACAAAGGAAGCGACCUUGCCGAGGCGGCGAGUGCGAGUGGACUUCGCGAACUCGCGAGAUCCUUGAAGCAUCACCUUCGAGGAUUCGGUUCCCGUCUGGAGGACAGGCGCGAAUACCUCGAAGACACAUCGAGAUGUUGCCUGCUUCAGGAUCGGGCGUACGAGUGGGCCCAGGAGGCUCGUCUCGCUGGCGAACGGGGGGCCCAGCAGUUUCUGAUGGCCAGACCACCCCUGCCUCCCGAGCAUUUCACGGAAAUGAUGGCGCUCGCCGAGAAGCUCGGUAACGAGAUUCUCUUGGAACAAUGCCGCAUCGCCAGGAACAAGUGCGCGGAAGCGCUGGAAAUGGCGAGGACGACUUCCGCACCUGGCAGUCCAGCCAGGAGGAGAUCCUUCGCCGCCUCGGAGUCUGCUACCUCCUGGGAGGACAGUUUGACGAAGAGAACUUCGUGGGAUGACAGCGACAGCAGCGCAUCGUACGCUUGUCCCAUGGAGAGUGUAGGAUCGGCAGGAAGCGGCGGUCGACCGGUACUGGACAACAUCGCGGAGCUUCGAGAGAGCGCCGAACAGCUGCUCGAUUGCUCUCCUCCGCGAACGCCACCCCGAAGCCCUGCUCCACGAAGGCUGGUCAAGCCACCGGUGAACUCACACCUUCACAGAGCUGCCAGCAUUGCCCCUGGAAUGAAGGCCAAAAAGACAAUACUGCUCAUAAUGAGGGAAAUGAUACAGACCGAGCGGGACUACGUAAAGUCUCUCGAGUAUAUAAUAGAGAAUUAUAUUCCGGAGCUGGUGAGGGAGGACAUUCCUCAGGCGCUCAGGGGACAACGCAACGUGAUCUUCGGUAACGUCGAGAAGAUAUACGAGUUUCAUAGUCAGCAUUUCCUACGGGAACUGGAACAGUGCGAACAGUCGCCAAUGAACGUGGGACAAUGCUUCCUCAGACACGAGAAAAAAUUCUACCUUUAUGCACUGUACAACAAGAACAAACCAAAUUCCGACUCCCUGAUGGCCGAGUACGGCACCGCGUUCUUCAAGCAGAAACAACUCGAGCUCGGUGACAAGAUGGACCUUGCUAGUUACCUAUUGAAGCCGGUUCAACGAAUGGGAAAGUACGCGCUACUGCUACAGCAGCUGGUCAAAGCGGGCACCGAUCUCUCGGAACAAAUGUCCGGUAAAGACGAGAAGGAUGAGAAGGACGACGGUAUGAAGCCGAUGGUCGAAGGGGAGGCGGACUUGAGGGCGGCUGAGCAGAUGGUACGAUUCCAACUACGUCACGGAAACGACCUGCUGGCGAUGGAUUCCCUUCGAGAUUGCGAUGUGAACGUGAAAGAACAGGGCAGACUACUUCGUCAAAACGAGUUCUUGGUGUGGCAGGGUAAAGGCAAGAAAUGCUUGCGACAAGUUUUCCUGUUCGAAGACCUUAUUCUCUUCAGCAAAGCGAGAAGAUUCCCCGACAGAAAGAACCUCGAUAUUUACAUCUAUAAGCACAGCAUCAAAACGACGGACAUCGGGUUGACCGCCGUGAUCGCGGACUCACCUACGAAGUUCGAGAUUUGGUUCCGCAAGAGGAAACCAGGCGACACGUACACGUUGCAGUGUGCAAGCGAGGACAUUAAGAAAGCCUGGACGGAGGAACUGAGCAACCUUUUAUGGAAACAGGCGCUGCGAAACAGAGAAGUGCGCCUGGCAGAGAUGUCGAGCAUGGGCAUCGGAAAUAAACCUUGUUUGGACAUUAGGCCUAGCGCGGAUCAGAUCAAUGAUCGUUCUAUCAGUGUAGCUCAACUCUCGAAAACAGCACCUAGAUUUAGAAACUCGAUAGCGGUAUCAAUGUCAGAGGACUCGGGACGCUGCAGCAGGAGGCCGCACAGUGUAAUUUCCGUAAGUUCGUCAUCGAGUAGCGGCGGAAGUAGCGGCCCCCCGACGACGUUGAAUCUCGGUUUGGAUACAAGUCCUCGACCUCAUCAUCGUAGUACUACGCUCAACAGUCAGUGCAGUGUUGAAAGCGGCAUAAUAGCCGAUAUUUCAAUCGUUUCGGAUGAUGGUGGCGAUGGAACUGAGAGAAGUCACUGGAACUCGACUCUAGAAAGUCCCACGUCCCAUCUACCAACGACGUCGACGCCUCUUCAAUCACCGACCAGCGCAACCGCGACAGCAACAGUUACCUCGGCUUCUUCGUCCGAUACGAAUCUCACCCCUUACGACCAAGACAUGUCCAUUAAUUUAUAAGUGUCACCCCUGAAAAGGGCGGCACGGCUCUGAUAUAAAAGAGUAUAUAUUAUAUACAUACGUGUUGUCGAUUCACUUGCAAGUUGUCUUAUAGUGAAUGCAGUGUGACUCACUCGAAUUGCAUAAAAUUUUUCAUUGGAAAGUGGCGACGACCACGUGCGUGUAACUGGAUAGAGAGUACUAGAGCGCAUAUUUUUCUUGGGCAAUCGUAGUUCGAUGAAUGACCACGAGCUAUAAGAUGGCAUGUAACAACGCCGUAAACACAGUCCAAUAGAUCGCUGCAUUACGCUUAUCACGUGAGUUCCGUCACGAGCGUCUGUUGCAAAACGUUUAAUGUGAAUCCUGUUUUAUGUGACAGAGUUCGCAAAGAGGCACACAUACACAUACACAGACACACCCUAAACACCCACAAUAUACCUUGUGUCCCAGAGAGCUCAACUUUCAAGUGAAUUUAUCUUUUGAUACGCUUCGAAUUUCAUUGAUCUAGGCGAUCGCAUAUAUAGUUGUCACGUCUGAAUUUUAUAAACCAUUGAUUUUUCAGAAGUAACGGCGACGUGUAUUUUCUUAUACUAUCUCCUCGAAUCCACCAACGUGCUCAAGAGAACGAUCAUAGAUACAGAUGUGUUCCGACAGAAUCUAUAUGUGUAUGGCUGCAUGCUUCACGAUGUGCUGCAGUGUUGUAAACAGCAUACACCGGUUGCCAUUAACUCUCAUUAACAUUGGCAUUCCUGAUCAAUCAGCGACUGAGAAUAUUAUCUUGGAUUUACCGACCAUUCGUUUAUGGUACUUUUAUACUUUAUUUAUAUGCGUAGUGAAUAAAUAUCGAUAUUCCAUGUCCACAUUGUGUUCGCGCUUAUUACGAAAUGAGGACGUUAUCGUUAAAUAACGUCACAGUUCGAGAAUACGCAGAUUAUUUUUUCCUUUCCUUUUUUUCUUUUUUUUUUUUUUUUUAAUGAAACACCUGAAGACUAGUUCUCGUUUCGUCUUCUCUUCAGGUAUUCCAUUAGUUGCCAAGAUCAUUGUUCGUUUCCUUGUCGAAUGCGCUUCCGACCAUAAAUGAACGCAUCCCUUCAGGAAUGUCAAAACAAUGCGCACACAUACAUACCAUUUUGUAAUAUAAUGUAAUAUUAAAGGUUUAUACGACAUAGCCGCAAGUAAUAUAACCGAUAGUCUAAAUAUUAUUUCCAGAUUAUAUAUUAAAUAUAUAUAAUAUUAUAUUCUUUUUAUGUCAGUCAUUUGUAAAACCUUUUAUCACCUGUAGAUGUAAAUCUAACUCUGGCCUGUACACGAAAGCCAAAUUUUACCCUCACUUUUUUCUUUUUCUUUCUUUCUUUUUCUCUAUUUUUCUCUUUUUUUAUUUACAAAGCAAAAGAAGUAACUUACGUUUGAGCGAUGUUUUUCUCUCGUUUCACUAUGUGGACGUCUUAGGGAAGCUUAGAUUGAGCUUAACUGAAGACCCUUCAUACAUAACGCGCAUUUCUCAUGCCAAUUUCUUUUUGCUCGAGAAGCUUGACGUUUGUAACUGUGCAGGUUCGAUUAUGGUUCGUUGACUGAUGCUUGUAGCACAAAAUGGAAUUCGUACAUCGCCGUAAUAUACAAUCUCGUUGUGCUGUAAUUAAAUAGUAUAUGCGAUAAAGAGCUUUGCGUCAUAUUCCAUCUAAAAACUUCAAUCAAGAGCACACAAUCACCUGUACAGGUUCCGACCAACAUAGUCACGUGCUCAUUGAGCUAGCGACCGAAGAAAGGAAAAUCACGUUGGCGCAUGUAGCAAUCAGCAAUUAUCCCGUUAUAUAAUUCUGUAUUGUUACGCUGCUUUCAAGCGAGUCAGUUGAUCAAGCCAUUGUUAAUGCCAAGGUCUGCCAAGGUAUUUUGAAUGAUACCUUAUGGACAGUGACCAAAACUUCGUUUAGUUUGUAAUUUGGGAUCGAUCGAAAAAGAAUUAAGGUAUUUAGAAAAUGUAGUUGUAGACGAUAGUUCGGUAUGAGAAAAAUUUAUGUCCCGGCACAGUCUGAUGCACUCCCACGUAUCGUUUACUAUUAUUUGCGAGUCGUACUUUUAGUUGUAUUAUACCAUACACACCGUGAAUUAUUUUCGAGAAUCGAAAUUUAUCGAAUGUUCGAUGUAUCGAGGAAGAAAAUCGAGAGCAUGCCAUAUAAAAUCGGUGCAUCCGGCUGAGCAUCCCGCUCUUCGAAAGUGACACUAAGCGAGACAAAAAGUAAAUAAUUUUCUAUUUUCUCCGUGAUUCUUUGUUUGGUAUUGCUUUUGAAUUUGGGAUGUCGAAUUAAACGACGAGAUAAUAAGGGAUAACACGGUACCUUAAGAUACCGAUAGUCACUUAAUUGUACACGCUCGUAGAUAUUUAUUAAUAUUUUUUUAAGUAGAUCAUUUUAGUCUAUAGAUUUAAGUAUCCGCAUCAUUAUAACGAAAUGUAUAUAUUAUAUAUUUACAUUAAUAACAUGAUUAUUUCAGUAUUGUACUGUGUCUAACACCGAUGUAUUUUAUUACUUGCUAAAUAUACCGUAUUGGGUGCCUUUUGUAGCGAA